AUGGCGCCUCGUGAGUGUUCGGAUGGAGACUCGACCCUCGCGAAUGGCACAUGCGCAUGCUCACCCGCUGUUUGGUCUUCCACUGGAUUGGUCUGGGCGCACGGACGCACAGGCAAGAUCAAGGUUGCAAACCCCGUGGUGGAGAUGGAUGGAGACGAGAUGACUGUGAGCACCUCGAUCGCCGCACCAAUCACAAGCGGCGCGACCAUCAGAGCUGGCAACUACGACGGAAAUUGAUGCACAACUUCAUCCUUGCUUUGCUGGAACUUACUCGCAGCGCAUCAUCUGGCACAAGAUCAGGGAAGAGGUGAGUCAUUGAAACUGUACUGAUCCUGUCAAGGGUCCCCCUCUCGAGCUGCCAUGUGUUGAUCGUCGAGGAACGCCCGCUGAUCGGCUUCGACAGAUUAUCCUGCCAUAUGUGGACUUGGACAUCAAAUACUACGAUCUCAGCAUCGAGAACCGAGAUGCUGUGAGUGUAGAGAAGCGCUUGCAAGGACACGCAUCCUAGCUCGACCUUGACGCAUUUUGUUUUUUUUUGCAGACCGAGGACCGAGUGACAGUAGAGGCUGCCGAGGCGACAAAGAAGUACAGCGUGGCCAUCAAGUGCGCUACUAUCACACCCGAUGAAGCUCGGGUAAAGGAGUUCAAUCUCAAGAAGAUGUGGCUCUCGCCUAACGGCACGAUUCGCAACAUCUUGGGAGGCACUGUGUUCCGCGAACCCAUCGUCUUGGAAAAGAUUCCGCGGCCUGUUCCGGGCUGGACCAAGCCGAUCUGCAUCGGCAGACACGCGUUUGGAGACCAGUACAGAUGUCAAAAUUUUGCGGUGGACAAGCCUGGAAAGUUCACAAUGACCUUCAAAGCGGAGGACGGUGAGGAAAAGACGUGGGACAUUUUCAACUUUCCAGAAAAGGGCGGUGUGGGUCUGGCCAUGUACAACACGACGGACUCGAUCGAGGGCUUUGCGCACGCCAGCUUCAAGAUGGCCCUCGACAAGGGAAUGCCCCUGUACAUGAGCACCAAGAACACUAUUCUAAAGGCCUACGAUGGCAGGUUCAAGGAUAUCUUCGAAGACAUCUACCAGAAGCAUUACAAGAGUCAAUUCGAGCAAAAGAAGCUCUGGUACGAGCACAGACUUAUCGAUGACAUGGUUGCGCAGGCCAUCAAGGGUGAAGGAGGAUUCGUCUGGGCCUGCAAGGUGAGCAACAGAGAGCGCAACAGCAAAGCUGGCGCGUAGUUUGGAUGGCUCACGCAUUGUGCCUGCAUCAUUCUAUGCUGUUCAGAACUACGACGGAGACGUCCAAUCGGACAUUUUGGCGCAGGGCUUUGGCUCUUUGGGUAUGAUGACUUCCGAGCUCAUCACGCCAGACGGAAAGACAAUGGAGUCGGAAGCUGCGCACGGAACGGUGACGCGUCACUACCGAGAACAUCAAAAGGGCAACGAGACGUCGACGAACAGCGUGGCAAGCAUCUACGCUUGGACCAGAGGGUUGCUCUUCAGAGGCAAGUUGGAUGGUAAUCAAGAGCUCAUCACUUUUGCCAAGAGCUUGGAGGCCGCUUGCGUAGAGGCCAUUGACAGGGACGGCGUUAUGACCAAGGAUCUCGCUCUCGCGAUCCAUGGCAAAAAGAUGGAGAGAAAACACUACGUUACGUGGGUUGCUUCUGUACGAUGGCAAGAUGGCCAGUCCUUGCUUGCUCAGACGCUUACACCACCUCACACUUUCUCUACCUCAGCACAACCGAAUUCUUGGACCAUGUGCGCAACAAGAUGGCAAGCAAGCUGAAGGAGCAGGGAAUCGAAGCUGGUAAGCUUUGA